AGAAUGCUCAAGAGGCGAGGCUGUGCUUCUCCAACGUUUAAAUUUGGCGAAGGUGUGUCAGUUUGCUCCACACUAGUAAGAUGGAGACAAGUAACAGAUUGUUUUUUCUGUUUUGCUUGUUAUGCCUCAUGUGUGUCUCCGUUAGAGGACAUGGGCACAGUAGAACCCGCUUUGGAAGAAAGGCCUUUCCUUCAGACUUCAUUUUUGGGGUUGGAUCUGCUGCUUAUCAGUAUGAGGGAGCAGUUCGAGAGGAUGGAAGAGGACCCAGUAUUUGGGAUACGUUUACGCACACUCCAGGAAAAAUUGUUGAUGGGAGCAAUGGCGACGUUGCUGAUGAUCAAUACCACCGUUACAAGGAGGACGUCAAACUUCUGGUUGAUAUGGGAGUUGACUCUCAUCGAUUUUCAAUUUCCUGGACUCGAAUCUUUCCAAAGGGCAGAGGAAUGAUAAAUGAAAAGGGAAUAACCUAUUACAACAAUCUCAUCGACGAACUUCUUAAGCAUGGUAUUAAGCCAUUUGUCACGAUAUUUCAUUGGGAUCUUCCACAACCUUUCCAAGAUGAGUAUGGAGGUUUUCUAAGCGACAAGAUUGUCCCAGAUUUUACAGCGUAUGCAAACACAUGCUUUGAGAGAUUUGGCGACCGGGUGAAGAAUUGGGUAACAAUAAACGAGCUCUUUAGCAUCAGUGUAAAUGGAUAUGAUAAUGGAAUUCAUGCGCCUGGUCGCUGCUCCAAGACUGUGGGAAAUUGUACUGCUGGAAAUUCAGCUACAGAGCCCUAUAUAGUAGGACACAAUUUGCUUCUUUCACACGCUUCAGCUGUUAAAUUAUACAGACACAAAUAUCAGAAAAAGCAGAAAGGGUCAAUAGGCAUCUCGCACUUUACUCACUGGUUUGUUCCUUACACUCUCUCUCUGAACGACCAGAAGGCGACUCAACGGAUUCUUGAUUUCUUCUUUGGCUGGUUUAUGGAUCCCCUGGUAUAUGGUGAAUAUCCAGCUACAAUGAGAGCUCUAGUGGGCAAUCGCCUGCCUCGCUUCACCAAAAAACAAUCUCGAUUAGUGAAGGGGUCAUAUGAUUACAUAGGCGUUAAUUACUAUACAGCCAUGUAUGCUUUAAAUGACAACUCUACUCCAGAUCCCAUGCACACCAGUUUUAUGGCGGAUUCCCGAGUGAACUUAACCUAUUCUAAAAAUGGAGUUCUCAUUGGACCCCAGGGAGGAUCAGAUUGGCUGCAUGUGUAUCCACGAGGGAUCAGAGCACUGUUGAACUACAUUAGGACUCAUUACAAUAAUCUUCCUGUUUAUAUCACAGAGAAUGGUACUAAUGAAGUAAACAAUUCAAGCAUGCCCUUGAAGGAAUCCCUGAAUGAUACCUGGCGUGUUAGCCACGUCUCCCAACAUCUCCUUAACGUUCUUCUUGCAGUAAGGGAUGGAUGUAAUGUGCGAGGUUAUUUUGGUUGGACUUUUAUGGACGACUUUGAAUGGGAUGUUGGAUAUACAGUCAGAUAUGGUUUUUAUUUUGUGGACCGCACUCAUAACGUCACUAGAUACCCCAAAGCAUCUGCUUUGUGGUUGAAAAAUUUUCUCCACAACUAGUUCAUCUUUCCUAUUAUAAGAUAUUUAUUAAGAUUAUUCAGAUUAAUAAUACUGAAAUAAUAGACUUGAAAUUUUAAAUUAAUGUAAUUGGUUGUGAAUUUUUAUUCCC